GCCCUACCAUUGGCUGCAUGAGGAGACGCAGUCUGCAGGAACAGAAACAGAAAGCAGGACAGCACCAAAGGAGUGUCUGCAGAGAGAGAAGUCAUGUACAGGAGAAAGCUAAGAGGCAUGUAUAUAUCUAAGAGGGUGUUAAUGCAUCAUUUUGACCCCCAUGUGGUUCCACGGGACGCAUACCUACUAUGCAAAUUGCAGUGGGGUGAGAAUGGCACACCAUGGAUACACUGGGUCAAAAAUUAUCAUUACCAUGCUGAAGUCUACUUCUUGAAGAAGAUCUUUAAGAUGAGAAGAUCCAGUAGUUAUGUCAACUGUUCCAUCACCUGGUUCUUGUCCUGGAGCCCUUGUGCUGACUGCUGCCGUAAAAUAAUGGAUUUCUUAAUGAAGCACUCAUAUGUGAACAUAGAUAUACGUGUAGCACGGCUUUAUUUCAUAGAAGAUCCAAAAAUCCGCCAAGGUCUGAAGAACCUUGUGAGCCUGGCGGGAGUAAACAUUGCUGUCAUGGAAAUCAAAGACUAUAAACUCUGUUGGGAAAACUUUAUCCAUGGAGAUGCCGAUGAUUGUUUCUGGACUGCGGGUUUUCAGUCAAAGAUAACUGAGAAUGUUUUGAAGCUCAAGGAUGUCUUUGAGGAUUGCCGUGGUUUGACCCCAGGCUGCAACUAAGCACCACACAGCCUGGUGGAUAGAGGAGAAAAUCAGAAGAGUAGAAGUGAGAAAACUCCUGGGUUAAGAUGAAGACAGUUUAAUAAGUAAAGUAAAUCCCACACAUGCAAGCAAAGCAAACCAAGGCAUUCAUUCCCUUCUUCCCUUCGGCAGGCAGGUGUUCAGCCAUUUCCAGGAAAGCUGGAGUCCAACACAUGUAGUAGUUACUUGGGAAGAUAAACACUGUAAUUCCAAACAUCCCCCUUUCCUUCUUCCACCAACUUUAUAUGCUGAGCAUGACAUCAUAUGGUGUGGAAUAUCCCUUUGGCCAGCUGAGACCAGUUGUCCCAGCUGUGUCCCCUUUCAGCUUUUUGAGCACUCUCAGCUUUCUUGCUAUUGGGGUGAUGUUUGAAGCAGAAAAGGCCUUGAGUCUGUAUAAGCACUGCUCAGCAAUAACUUAAACAUCCCUGUGUUAUCAACACCGUUUCCAGCACAAUCCAAGACUUAGCCUCAUACCAGCUACUAUGAAGAAAAUUAACUCUAUCCCAGCCAAAACCAGCACAUUCUCCACCCCUUAUUCUAAACUAUUGCCACUGGCUCAGUGGGAGCUUCAUCAUGUGACUGAUAGCAGCACUUGAUCUUAAAACACAACUUAAAAAAAUUCAAGGGUGCUCUAUUUAAUAGAAGCAAAUCCUCCUUCCGCCAAAUGGUGUGAUUGUGAAAUGAUAAUUACAGUAUCCACGGCCAUUGCAUUUCAGCAGAUCCAUUCGGGUGGCUAAAAGAAGAAAGAAUUUGUAUCCACAAGCCUGUUUUUGAGCUGGACCUUGAGAUGUGUACAAUGGAAGCUCCUUGAAAAGCAAGGCACAUUAAACUGCACAAAGAAUUGUAGGAAUGCAGCUGUAUCCCUUGCAGUAGUCAAGCUGUGCUGUCAGUACUGAGUGCUUGGGAUUAGAACCUCUCACAGAAUCACCAGGUUGGAAAGGACCCAUCCCCUCUCCAUCCCCUAUUCUUGAUGCUAGUCUAUUUUUACAAGACUAGAACAAAUAUUAAUUGACUU